UUUUUUUUUUUUCAUUUCUCUUACGAUGACAACGAGAAAACGAUAUAGCGUAAGAGAUAGAUCGAUGUUACUCGAACGUUAGAAAAGAAGAAGAAGAAGAAGAAGAAGAAGAAGAAGAAGAAGAAGAAGAAAAGUGUGGACCGGACGAUGACCGUUAUCUGUGUGUGAGAUAACUUAAUAUAAACAAUUUUCUUGUUCGUUCGUUCGUUCGUACGUUCGUUCGUUCGUACGUUCGUUCGUACGUACGUUCGUUCGUUCGUUCGUUCGUUCGUUCGUUCGUUCGUUCGUUCGUUCGUUCGUUUAUUUGUUCGUUCGUUUGUUUGUUUAUUUGUUUGAUUGGAAUAUUUUACGUGUUCGCGAUUAAAAUUAUUCAUCGAGUAAUGAUGAACGACAUAAUGGGUGAUAAUACCGUUAAUACGAACAAUUCCAAUAACUCUAAUAAUAAUAAUAAUAAUAAUAAUAAUAAUAAUAAUAAUCAUUCUAACAAUGGGAGUAUCCAUAAUAAUAAUAAUAAUAAUAAUAAUAAUAAUAAUAAUAGUAAUAAUAAUAAUAAUAAUAAUAACGGGAAGACAUCUAUGGGAGCUAUGGGGCCCAAUGGUGGUGAAGGAAUCAGUGCUGCCGUCGCUAAAGUUCUUCAGGGAUAUGAUUGGACAUUAGUACCGGUUGCUACCAAGGGCUCCGGCGACAAAAGGGCGGCACACGUGAAGAGACCAAUGAAUGCCUUUAUGGUGUGGGCACAGGCUGCCAGGCGGAGAUUGGCCGAUCAACAUCCACAACUUCAUAAUGCCGAACUAUCGAAAACAUUGGGAAAAUUAUGGCGGCGACUUUCCGAUAACGAUAAAAAGCCAUUUAUCGAAGAAGCCGAUCGUCUUCGAGUGAUACACAAACGUGAACAUCCGGAUUACAAAUAUCAGCCAAGACGGCGAAAACCAAAUGGACCGUCGGGUCGUGACAGUUCACCGUCAAGAAGUCAAAGUAAUUUGAUAUUUAGCGUGUCAAAAUCCUUAAAACAAGAGGACAUGAGUCCUAGAGGUGUACAAGGACCAAAUUCACCACAGAGCGGUGCUAAUUCUUCUUCGCCAUCGACGACCCCAAAUCAAGGAUUGUCAUUACCAACACCACCUACAACGCCUAGGGGUCAACAUUACGUCAAUCAGGGUAAUCAACAUCAACAAAACAAUACGUUUUAUCAUCAAGAAUUGGUAAACAGUACGACGUCGGUCGAAUCACCACAAUCAUCAGGGGUUGAUUUUCGAUAUAUCGAAGUUGGAGAUGGUUUACCAGUCGAGGAGAGUCAAUUGAAUGGCCUUGGGACAUUUGGAUUGAAUCUACCAUUGAGUUUACAAGAGUGCGAGGUCGAAAGCAACGAGUUGGACCAAUAUCUACCACCUCAGGUUGCACCAGUGCAAUAUCCACCUGUACCAACUACUACAACGAAUCAAUGGAUAUUGAAUAGAUACGAGGAAGAAACCGAGAGGCCUAGCAAACGUCAUUGUACCGAACAUCCAAUCAAUGAAAUUACUUGGGAAGAUAGAACCCAAGAGAUGGUUAGGUAUCACGAAUUGCAGCCGCCAUUGCCACCGGUUGGUCAUAUAGCGCCAUUACACAAUCCACCACAUCAUUCGAUGCAAAUGGGCCAUACACACGUAUCUUCCGCACCUUAUGCCCAAUAUCAUCGAUACGGCGUCGAGGCCUGGCCCAAUUAUUUAUAAAUUUAUAGACGCUUUUUUUUCUUUUUAUUUCAUUCCUUUCCCACCACCUCUUUUCUUUCUCUCUCUCUCUCUCUCUCUCUUUCUCUUUCUUUCUCUUUCUCCUCUUGUUUUUUUCUCACGAAGUCGAACGUUUCCCUUCUUCCCUUUUUUUCUUUUUUCUACAUUUAUUCCUUUUUCUUUUCUUUUUCUUCUUUCUUUCAUAAAAUGAUCAACACGAUACGAUCGUUAAU